UUGAUCGCACCAAGAAGUAUAGCCUAAACACACGGAGAACCUCAAAACGCAAACCAUCUGGCAAGUGCAAAAGGUCUUCCCGAACACAAGAGGACAACACGGGAAAAUGCAGUGCAGGGAUUGUUGAGUGUUGGAAACUAUUUUGUUUUUUCUCGUUUGUUUCGUGUCACUGUGUGUGUACGAGUGCAAUUUUCUUUUGUUUGAUGAAAACGGUGCAAGGACGAAUUUGUUUGCUGAACACCAACAGUUAGCCGUAGCGCGAACCGCCCCCAUCCCCCCGGAAGAACGAGUAGUUUUUUGGCAAAGAGCACCCUUCGCGCGUACCAGCACAAUGACACACACCAGCGACGACAAGCAGCUGUUGCACGGUUAAUCCCGUCCAACAACGUCCCGCCGAGAAAAGCACCCCGCCCCCGCCCGCAGAGAGUGGAAACUUUUCCCGCAGAACGAUUCCCGAUCGGCAAUCAGAGCAGCAAGGUCAUCCGCCCAAAACAUCGACCCAAAUGGUUAUGUCGCCAAGCAGACGACUAUCAUCGCCAGGAAUCGCCACGCAUCCAAUGAAUAUGCAUUUGAGCUCACUGCAACACUCCCAGCUGCAAUUGUCCUCUCAAAUGCAUCAGAAGUUGGCCGCCGGACUGACGCCGAAUCAUAUGAGCGGAUUUUUCAAGAGUCCAUCGACCUCACCGAGCAGCGCCAAUGCUAAUAUGAGCAAUAAUAACAACAACAACCACAGCAGUAACAAAUCUCAGAACAACAACAACAACAACCACAGCAGCAGUAGCAACAAUCACAGCACGCCCGCGAACAUGCCGUCAGCGACGGAACUGUCGACACAUCCGUUGAAUCGGCUGCAAUCGAUGCAGCCGUUCGACUUCCGGAAGCUGAGCGCAGCAGCCGCAGGACUUAGUGCAUUCACAGCGGGUCUACCGCCGCCAAGAUUGAGUCCGGAGGCCGCGGCCGCCCAGCAUCACUUCAACCAGCAGCACGCUGCUGCCGCGGCAGCGUACUCCCAUGCCACGGCCAAGCGCCGUGAUUCGCAAGCUUCGGACUCUUCGCCAAGCUCGCGCGAUCACGCUGCCGCCGCCGCCAAUUUCAUGAACCUGUCGAUGGCCGGGCACGGUUUGCCGUUCCCGAUCCCUCCGCCACCGCCGCCAACCUCGGUGGCCAUGUCGUUGGCAAACUCGCUGAACCAUUCGGCGGCCGCAAUGGCUGCUGCCGUGAGCGGAAACCCUCUAGCGGCGAGCUUCGUUGCGCAAUCGUUCCCAAAUCUACUGGCCGCUUCGGCUGCUCGCGAGCAGGCUCGCAGCAAAUCUCCACUUUCCUCGCACCACAAACUGCAGCAAAAAUCGGACAAACCCUCCGACAAAUCCGACAUGGAGAAGAACCACCACGGAAGCGGCGAGAAUGUGCUGAACCUCAGCCGUGAUCUGGCCGCAGCGGCGGCUGCCAAUCAACAUUUGGCCCGACAAGGACUGCCGGGACAUGUCAGCCGCAUUGCUGCCGGACUACCUCCCGGGGUUCACCUUAAAAAACCGCAAUCGCCCAAUAAACGCCAGUGGGGGGCUCUGCCGCCGAACUUGGGAACCCAGUUCGUGAACCCUGCCACCGGCAAGAAACGAGUCCAGUGCAACGUUUGCUUCAAAACCUUUUGUGAUAAGGGAGCUCUGAAAAUCCACUUCUCCGCCGUUCAUCUCCGAGAGAUGCACAAAUGCACCGUCGAGGGCUGCAGCAUGAUGUUCAGUUCCAGACGUUCCCGCAAUCGGCACAGCGCCAAUCCGAACCCGAAACUUCACUCGCCUCACCUCCGGAGGAAAAUCUCCCCACACGACGGACGCAGUGCCCAACCUCACCCGAUUCUGCUGCCGUCCGCCGGUAUGCCGCUACCGAACGGCCUCAAUCCGCUGCAUCCGUUUGCACCGUUCCCGUUCCCGGGUGACAUGCGCCACCCAUCGCUGUCCGCCCUCGAAUUCAAAGCCAACAUGGAAGCUAGCAUGCACCGUCGUCUGCAGGAGCAAGAAAAGCAUCGCGAAAGCCAACGCCAAUCGCUUAGCCCGGAGAACUACCGUUACCGAAGUCCGCUUGGUGACACUCCCGACAAGUAUCUUUCCCCCGGACAGCAUUUAGGCGGUGGAAGUUCGGUUGGCAGUCACCUGGAUGAUGAUGACGACGACGAUGACGAUCCGAAUGGAAUCGUUAUUGAUGGUAAUGACGAUGAUGAUGACGUACACGGUUUCGAUAUGUCGCUCAGCUCGGAGUCGGAAGAUGUUAAAUCCUACCGCCACUCGGGUACACCGGAGCCGGAGUACGAGGAUGAAAGGGAGAUCCAUCGACGGGACGAUGCGAUGGGUAGUGAAAACGAACCACAGGACUUUAGUAUAUCGAAGUUGAAGUCGGAAAAACUAUCCACUUCCUCCGACGGCGAUGAAGUCGCAAGUAAUGUCGACAGCAACGAAGAUUCGUCGGUGCACGACUCUCAGACCGCACGGGAUGAGAUGAACGCCUUCCUUUCGAUCAAUAAGCGUAAACGAAAGAGCAUGAAUCCCAUCAAGUGUGCGAUUCCUUCGGAACGCAUGUCUGCCGAGUCGGGGCACAUGUCCGAUGAGAAUGAGGAGAAGGAUGGGGAAGAAGAACGACCGGAACCGUUGAUUAAGAAAAUUAAAUUGGAGAAGCAACAACAGCAGCAUCAGCAGCAGCACCAGGAUGAAGCACUAGCGCUGGUGAAUGAUAAACGUGAAGAGCUGUCUUCGCCGAAGCCAAACGGUGAAAGCAAUCACGUCGAAGAGGAAACACCCGUUAAGAUUAAGUCUGAACCGAGCGAACAUCAAGAUGAGGCUGAAAACCUAUCACUCGAUCUGUCGAAGAAACGUUCCACGCCGGAUGUUAACGCCAAUGAGAAGUUUACCAAAUAUUCGAUCGAUGUGAAGCCGGCGUCCGAGCUGAUGGAGAAACCGGUCCCGUUGGUGCAUCCGAAAAAGGAACACGACCCGGAGCAGGAAGCGGAAGACCUCCGGAGACCCGGCUCGGCCGAUAGCAAAAAGAGUGCCGAAAGUUUGGAUUCGGCAAACACCCUAAGGCGUCUGGAGAAUCUGUCUCACGGACCGCUGAAUGAGAUGAUGAUGCAACGCGGCGGCCUGCCACAGUUUCCUCCGCUGAGCUACCUCAUGAAUGCCGCUCCACCGAGUCCCGCCCGAUCGCGAAGUUCUUCACCGAACCCGGAGGACAACAGUCAUCAGCAGGACGUCGAUUCGGAUGACAACGUAGACUACUGCGAGGAAGGCAACUGCUUCAGUGAUCCCAAUGUACCUCUUGACAAAGAUAACCCAAAGAAAUGUUCCGCCUGCGGACGGAUGUUCCAGAAUCACUUUGCCGUUAAGACUCACUAUCAAAACGUGCACCUUAAGUUGCUGCACAAGUGCAAUAUCGAUGGCUGCAACGCGGCCUUCCCAUCGAAGCGCAGCCGUGACCGACAUGCUUCGAACUUGAAUCUACACCGGAAGCUGCUCUCCACCAGCUCCGACAGUAACGAUACGGUGCUAACCAUGGACAAGCAGUUUUCCGGCUUCCCAGGACCUCUGCAAACCGAGUUCCUCGCUAGGUUGUACGCAGAUUCGCAGAAGUUCCCCAUGAACCUGGAAGCAUUCAAGAACCACUUCCCGAAUGCCGGUGCCUAUGCGGAUCACUUCCUGAACGGUGCCGGCCAACGGUUCCCGCCAGCUGCCGCCAACCCGUUUUUGUUUCCUCCGCUCGGAGGACUGGCCGGAUUUCCCGGUCUGUCGCAAUUCUCCCACUUGCUGCCGCAUCCGCUGAACGGACUAUCUUCGCAGCUCGCGGGAGGUCGCAUGUCCCGCUCGGAUUCACCCAUCUCGGCGUGCUCACCACCAUCGAACAUCAACAUUCCAUCCCCAAUGUCACAACAUCAGGAUCACGACCAGGAUCGGCACCAUUCAGCGGUGGCGGCGGCCGCUCUGCUAAGCCACAACCGGUCACCGGCGGCCACCCCAGCCGAGGAGGCACGCAAAAGCCAAAAGACGCCGGAUUCCCUGUCGUGACCA